ACACAGGUUGUGACUUGUGAGAGAACAAAAAAUAGACAAAAAAGUUGAAGGGGGUUCUAUUCCCGAGGACUUAUGUUUGUUACUGUUUGAGCCUUUUCUUAGUACUUUUAUUGUUGUUGAAACUCUUUGUCUGAUUUAAUUAGGAGCUUCCUCUAUAUAUUUUGGAGUGAAGUUGAGAGAUACCACUUUCUUCUCAGUUGUAAACACCAACUCAUUUUUGCAAGCAGAAUAUUUGUGACUGCACCACCGCAACCAGAUCUGUGAAGACUCUCGUUGCUUGAUCUGACUCAAAAGAGGGAGAACAUGAAUACUUUCUCUCAUGUGCCCCCCGGUUUUAGGUUCCAUCCCACAGACGAAGAACUUGUUGAUUACUAUCUUAGGAAGAAAGUUGCAUCAAGGAGGAUUGACCUAGAUGUCAUAAAAGAUGUAGACCUCUACAAAAUUGAGCCCUGGGAUCUUCAAGAGAUUUGCAGGAUAGGAACAGAAGAGCAAAAUGAAUGGUACUUCUUUAGCCAUAAAGAUAAGAAGUAUCCAACUGGAACUCGCACAAAUAGAGCAACUGCAGCAGGAUUUUGGAAAGCAACAGGAAGAGACAAGGCAAUCUAUUCCAAGCAUGACCUGAUAGGGAUGAGGAAAACCUUAGUCUUUUAUAAGGGUCGAGCUCCAAAUGGACAAAAGUCAGAUUGGAUAAUGCACGAGUAUCGGCUCGAAACAGAUGAACAUGGCACACCACAGGAAGAAGGAUGGGUGGUGUGUAGAGUAUUCAAGAAGAGAGUAACAACCAUGCGUAAAGUGAGUGAACACGACUCCCCCUGUUGGUAUGAUGAGCAAGUCUCUUUCAUGCAAGACUUGGACUCGCCAAAGCAAACCUCUCAAUCUAAUUUGGUCUACCAGCUACCAUAUCCUUGCAAGAAAGAGCUAGAUUUGCCAUACCAAUUGCCUCGAGACCACUAUCUUCAGCUUCCACUUUUAGAGAGCCCAAAACUGCUUCAAUCUGCUUCUACCAUAACCUCUAAUCCAAUGGCAGCAUAUGGUCUUGAUGUAAUAAGCCAGGCUUCUACUCUCUUUCCCUCAUCACUCCUACAAGAACAAGAAGUUGGUCGCCAAAACUUUCAGCCACCGUAUUGCAACAACAAUUCCACUGAACAAGGCGUUGAUCAAGUAACUGAUUGGCGAGUGCUUGACAAGUUUGUUGCUUCACAGCUUAGUCAAGAUACUUCCAAAGACAACAGCUAUUCCAACGCAGGCAAUAUCUUUCACGGCACGGACAAUGGCAAUGUAGAGUUCAGACAUUUGGACAAACAAGAAAUAGUGGUGCCUGAAAAUGUCUCAACAUCCAUCUCCAGCUGUCCAAUCGAUUUGUGGAAAUAG